AUGAUAGAAGGUGGAAUAACAUCCAGGAUGUCAGGAAUAAUUGAGAAUGCCGGACAUCAUCCGUCUCCACAGGACUACAGGCUUCUAACCACAGACCCCUCCCAGCUGAGGGAGGAGGACCUCCCUGGGGACCUGCAGUCUCUGUCAUGGCUCACCUCUGUGGAUGUGCCCCGACUACAGCAGAUGGCUGAUAGCCGAGGCCACACUAACGGGCCUUCCCAGGGCAGCAUGCUGGAGCAACAGACAGCUCAGCUGAGCAGCAUGACAAUGACGGCGGGUCAGGGAUCCAUGCUCCACCUCCAGAGCAACAUGCAGCACAGCCCCCUGGGAAUCAGCAUCAUCAACACGCACAGCGGAAGUAUGUCUCCAUUCUCCAUGAAUGGGCUGCCCUCUCCAGGGUACCAGUGCUCUACCUCAGUCUAUCAGCCGACACCACAGCAGGUGUACUCUCUAACCCAAACUGGACAACAGUGUUCAAAUGGUGGGCUUUAUAGCAACGUCUCUUUCAACAACCAAAGUCUAUUCACACAACCUCGCCUGGCUCCACAAGACCAGGAGCUGCAGCCCAAGUCUUUCCCCAAACCUAUCUAUUCCUACAGCUGUUUGAUUGCCAUGGCUUUAAAGAACAGCAAAACUGGCAGCCUCCCUGUCAGUGAGAUCUAUAGCUUUAUGAAGGAACACUUUCCCUACUUUAAGACAGCACCCGAUGGAUGGAAGAACUCAGUCAGACACAAUCUGUCCUUAAACAAAUGCUUUGAGAAAGUGGAGAACAAGACAAGCAGCUCUUCGCGUAAGGGCUGUCUGUGGGCACUGAACCCUGCCAAGAUUGACAAGAUGGAAGAAGAGAUGCAGAAGUGGAAACGCAAGGACCUCCCAGCCAUCCGCCGCAGCAUGGCUAACCCUGAUGAGCUGGACAAACUGAUCACAGACCGCCCAGAGAACUGCAGACGUAAGGUGUUAGAGCCUGGCAUGACACGGCUGCCCAGCUGCCCCACAGGCCUCCCACUGCCCGUCCCACCCCAGAUGCAGCCGCAGCCUAUAGUCACUCUAUCCUUGCCCUGUUUGCCCCUUCACCAGCACCACCAGCUCCAGGCUCAGCUCCAGGCUCAGGCUCGCCUUGGCCCCAUGUCCCCUGCCCCGGCCCAGACACCCCCACUUCACACGGUCCCCGACCUUUCUCAUAGUCCCCUGACCCAGCAGUCCAGCAAGCCACCCGAUGAUUUCUACAGCGUACACAACGACACACACACAGAGGUGGAUGCACUGGACCCCAGCAUCAUGGACUUUGCCCUUCAAGGUAACCUGUGGGAGGAAAUGAAGGACGACAGCUUUAACCUGGAUGCAUUGACCACCUUCAGUAACUCACCGCUGCGACUAUCAGACUGUGACUUGGGAACAGCUAUCCUCCCUCCUGUCUCCACUGGAGCCAGCCUGCCACUGUCAGAUGUGCAGGUGACAGGCCUCUACACCUCCUACACUUCCCAGGAUGCUCUGUCUUCUCAGUACAUGGGUGCACCAACCAACAGCAAGCCCAUCGCUCUGUUAUAAACAGCCAUCAGUGGAUCUCUAUGGACAUGCUACUAAAACAUUUUCCAUUCAGCUGGGAACUACUUAAAAAAGGAUAUUUGAAAUCAUUUACCUUACAGUCUACAAGAAAACUGUCGAUUAAAACUGAAGUGAAGAAGUGGGUGUAAGAAAAGUAUGUAAGACUUUAAAUAUCAAGCUUUGCCAAGCAAAGACUCAGAGCACGUAUGAGUACAAAGACUCUAUGUUGAGAUGUACGCAUGAAUUAGCAUCCUCCAGUUUUUCUUCUGUCCACAUCAUCAUUCUGUAGCUCCCUGUCUCUUGUCUGUUGUAUUGUGCUAGACAUUAUU